UUAUGGAUAAUCUCAGCUUUGAGUAACAAGUGGAGGAGAAAGAAUAAAGCACAAGGAACAGGAAGACCAGAAGCUGCAGAGAUGCCAUUUAACUGGAAACUCAGUUGAGAUUUCAAGGAAAAUGAUCUGAGAUGGAAUAAACAGUGAUGUUGCCAGUGCAAGACAAGAAAGGGAGAAUCUAGCAAUCCAUCUUCCAACGGCCAGGAAAAGAAAUUGUGGAAGACAAAGUCACAAGGAGUUUCAUCAAAGCACAGUCAGACAUCUUGAAACAAUUUAUCGAUUUUUGAAAUUAGAUUGUCACCCACAAGAGGAAUUUGCUUUGGACACAAAUAGUGCCAUUACUUUAGAAGGACCAAUAUACAAACUCAAAUGUACACAACCUUUACAAUCCAAUUCAAAAGAUUUCAUGCACUCAUACCACCUUGUACCAGUUUCUUAUUUGAGCUGUUAACUGACAAAAGAACAAAUGGAAAUCAAUUAGUUUGCUAAGUCUUCUCAAAAGACCUCAGAACAGAGGAGUGCUAAAGCAUCUACUUGAAGGAAGAAGCUCAUAUUUGUCACUGAUGUUCUCCAUGUCUGAGCUGGAGUGGUCCCUUGCCUCCCCGCCCCCCCUCCCCCAGUGUGACUACAGUGAGUGGAGUGCGACCCGGGUGGUGAUUCCAGCUAUUUAUCUACUAGCUUUCAUUGCUGGCACGCUCGGAAAUAGCUUAGUUCUGUGGGCAUACCUGGACCGCCAUGGCAUAGGCCGUAGGAACUCCCAAUUGGAACGGCCUCAAGACGCUUCUUCUGGCCCAUCUUCCACUUCACGUACUGUAACAGAGUCCCUGAUUGCCAGCCUGGCCCUAGCCGACCUGGCCUUCGUCAUGACCCUCCCCCUGUGGGCAGUCUACACAGCCCUGGACUACCACUGGCCAUUUGGUGGUGCCCUCUGUCGAGCAAGUAGCUACCUGGUGGCACUGAACAUGUACGCCAGCGUGUUCUCUCUGACCACACUCAGUGUGGAGCGCUACCGUGUGAUUACCCGCAGCAACAGUAACAAUGGCAUGCAGAGCAAAGCCACAGCAAGGGCUUGCUGGGUCAUAGGGAGCGUGUGGGUGGCAGCUUGCAGCCUAGCACUCCCUGCUCUGCUCCUACGAGAUGUGAGAGAAGUACACUUGGACAUGGGGACAGAUGAUGACUGGCUGGAAGAGGAACACAGUAGGAAUGGUGAGGGAAGUGCCACAGUUUGCUUAUGUGACAUGGACUACUCCAGUGUGGUUUCUGCAGACUUGGACGCCAUGGCAAAGGAGCGAGCAGAGUUGAUAUGGUCAGCAGCACUAGGUCUAAAGUCCACACUGCUGGGUUUCUUGCUUCCUUUUGUCAUUUUACUUCUCUGCUACUGCUCCCUGGGGCGUCUCCUUUUCCGACACUUCAGCCUGGGCCCACGACCUGACCGUCAACGGCAACGCAGGCUUCUCCGAGUCAUUGUCACCCUUGUCCUGGCCUUCUUCCUCUGCUGGCUGCCCUUUCACGUCAACAAAACCCUUUCAGCCUUGGUGGAACUAGAUCUCCUGCCCUACUCCUGUGGCUUUGACCGCUGGUUGGUCGCAGCCCACCCAUAUGCCAUCUGUCUGGGCUACGUCAACAGCUGCCUCAACCCUCUGCUCUACGCCUGCUGCGAUCCGGCCUUCCGUCGACGUUGCAGAGGCGCGAUCCAAUACAGAUGGACAAGUUCAAGAAUGAAGGUCAAGGAGGAGAGAGAGCCACCCAGCAAAAGCUCCACCAUGCUGUCAGGUACAAAGGAGGAGGUGGACGAAGAUGACAAGCUCAACAGAGUGGUGGAAGGCGAGGCAGAAGAGAAAGCACACAACCACAAUAAAAGAAUGUCUAAAGAAUACUUUGAAAGGCUAUAAGAGGCUUUUGAUCACAUUUCCAGUUAUGCAUUAAAGAAAAAUAUGCCUGUUUUUCUUUAAUGUAAAUGUAGU